ACGCAGCGUCCAAUCACGAUCACAUACAUUUUGUAUACACAUUUAUCGAAAACUCACAUGUACGGUGUACAUUGUAGAGUGCACAUGUGUGUGGAGGUUUCCUGCACUGCUGUAUAUAUAGAUAGCGGAUUGUAGAGCCUUAUUUCUUGUUUUGGAUUCUCCUCAACGUGGAUGUUUUAAAAAGUUUGGAGAUCGUGACCGAAGACGAUUUUGGGAGUGCUUUAUCUAUGUACCUUUGGGAUUUUGUCCUCGCAUUGGUGCGGCGGAAGUGUACGUAAUCUGCCUGUGGAUGCAAGGCGCUGUGCUGGCGUCACGUUGCCGCGGAGUAGGCCAACGCACUGAGUGCUCAACCGUAUGACGACCCGCUACGACCGGGGGUAAACUACGCAGAGGGCUUGCUUGCAUGCAGUGCAUUCAUUACCUUGUUGGAUAACGAAUGGUGUGUGUGGGGGGAAGGAAGAGCUACUGUUUAUGUCUUGACCUGCACCUUUACUACACGAGGAUUGUUGUAUAAAGUCGGGCCGGGUUAUCUUGACCACCAGCCCUUACUCAACUGAUGCUGAAGACCGAAUUGGAUUUAAACUUGGAGGGUCCGGCGCAUGGAAUGGUCAACGCUAGACUCCGUGGGCUAUGACCGUGUGCACGAAUCCUAUGUCGCAUGUUCAAGUCCAAGCGCACGGUACUCAUCCGGCGACUCUGGAGGAGCCGUGGUGGUCAGUCUGCCACCGGCGAACAAGGCCCCGAUAGUCAGGGCUUCGACCGCGACUUGGACACCGAUCCCGAGUUCAAAUCGGCUGCCCACAGCCUCCUGAAACGCUUGAAAGAUCGACAGCUCGAGCUGUUGCUCGAUGCCGUCGAAAGCCGCGGAACGACUUCGACCGCCUGCGUCCCCCUGCCCAAGGGGGACGUGCGCCUCGGCCGGGGCAGGACCGCUCAGCCGCACGUGUUGUGCUGUCAGCUUUACCGCUGGUCCGAUCUCAAACAGGCUAGCGAACUUAAAAGACUCAACUUUUGUUGUCAAACGGGACGUGAUGUGGAGGAAUUUAGCUCAGGAAUCGUAUGCUGCAACCCUUAUCAUCUCAGCCGUUUGUGUCGGCCAGAAUCGCCGCCGCCUCCAUACAGCAGAUUUCCGAUCGAGGGGUCCAAAACGGAAGCCUCGAGUCCUAACGAAGACUGCUUCUCCCAGGAAUCCACAACCGGCUCCACGGUGGAUUUUGGGGAGAGCACCGAGACGGGAAAUACGCCGAGCCAGCGGCAGCAGCUCUACGCAGUUUCAGGUUGGUUUUAAUUCCCUCUCAUAUAUCUGAUGUUUAUUUAACUCGAAUGCUCUCUGGGAAACUGAACUGAACACGCGUCCCUCCGAGAAGUUGUAUUUAUUUUUUUCCACAUUUUGUUUGUAAUUUUGUUAAUUUACUGUUUUGUUUUAUUUUGUUGGCUGUUCUGCCUA